AUGCUGGGUAACCACUGUGUUUUCGCGGUUAUUACUUUCCUAGUAUCGGAAUCAUUGACGAUAUUUCUCUCUUGCGUUUCUUGUUUUCUUGCAAUCGAUUUCACCUCCGAAGACCGCCAGAUCGCAACGCAAAACCAGGCCGGAGAAGAGAUCCUCUUAGGUUCAAAGCAAGAUCCUAUCCUGAAGCAGUUGACUAACAUGCGAACAGGGUGGUUCCGGUGGGUUUCGCUCCACCUUGAUAAACUUCUUGACCUGAACAUCCUUGAGAUGAGAAAGAUCACAAGCGAGGAUUGCGAAAGAGUUUCAAAAGAGUUCACGUUACAAAGAGCACGAUGGUUCAAGAAAGAGACGAAGAGAAAAGCCGAGAGAGAACGACGUGAGCUGAGGCUAAAAGCAAAGGAUGUGGAUCGAAGCAGCACUUACGAGGUAGGGUUUGUUGUAUGAGU